CCCAAUACAGCAGUAUGCGAGCCUCUGCGUUGUGUCGAAGCGCUUCUACCACCAGUUCGCGCGGCGCCUCUGGAAUGACCCCAUCACUGUUAUCUGCCUGCUCAAACCCAGUCCUGGUUGGUAUUCCUGACUUCACUCAUUCCAUCGUAGGUUCGCGGCUAGGGCUCAGUGGAACGAGCCGCAAGACCCUCAACAGACGGGCUUCAGUUAUUAGCGCUCCAAUGUUGCCGCUGCAGGGGCCCUGAGGUCAGCUUUGUGACAUAACUCUGUUCUUUCUCGCUUAUUUCUUUUUCUGGUUACCUCACGAAUAACCUCACUUCCACAACUUGUGACUUUCCAGGGUCUAGAAUGCAAAGACGGUAUUCGACGGCAAGGCAUUGUGAGCACUAGCGUCAGACCAGGAGAUGAUGUCGCAAGCUUGAAGUCGGACUCAUAUUAUGCAGCUCGGGAUCACUCAACCAGUACUUGAGUUAACAGGACUAUUGGUGGGAUUCGGGGUUAAUUGAAGAAGUCCCAAGAUACUCGGUAUCAGCGGUCGAUGUUUUGAGAUUUGUCUAUGGUUUUCAGUCGAGACUCUUAGGUUUGAUCCUGCUCUGCAAACGCAGCAGGAACGUAAUGAACUGUUAACAUUGACAACAGGAUCAUGUUAAGUCGGGAAGGAACAAAUGCUAUCUCAAAGCAAUUGGAAAUUCAGCUAGCAAAUUGUCCG